AUGGGAUGUACUGGUUCCAAACCGGUGGACGCAAUAGAUCCGGAUAGUGGUGAAAAAAAGGUUGAUCCAGCAACCGUUACGAAUGGAAAUGGUGGAUUAAUGGGAGAUAUGGCACCCACAACAGCUCCCAGUGUUAACGGAUCCAUCAAAGUUGCACAACCUUCACCAGAUAUUCCCCCACCUCCUCCGGGAAGCGAUGAUGUUCACUGGAAUAGACUAUGGGACUCUCACCGCACUUUUCUAUUAGAUCCUGCCGAUAUUCAUGCAACAAUAGAAGAUCUAAUGGCAAGAUCUACAAACAAGCUAUCCGGAACUGAGAUUAACCUCAUUCAACGCAAAGUACGAAAAGUCAUUCGAAAGAGUGGCUCGAAAGAUGGAAAGAAGGGAAUUCCAUUUUCCAAAUCAUCAGGUAGUGAUGAGGACAGACUAAUUGCGGAACGUCAGCAUCUAUUGACUAGCAAUGCGAUCCAAAACAUCUUGCCUGCUCUUGCCGGGCCAGCGGAGCCAACUUCAGUGACCCCCGCAACUUCUAUAUUCCUAUUGCUUUUACAUACUCAUGAAUCCAUGUGGGACAAGGUCUUCGAAACUGCGGUAGCGGAGACCAAGGCAGCCGGACUCAGUAUGGAUGUGAAUGCUCUUCAACCACCAACGAGGUGUCCCGCCAUUCCCAAGAAAACCUCCAAUAAUCCAACAGACUUGCCGGCUGGAGUUUCUCUGCAAUCACUGACCUUUAUGAUUGGGCUUGCUUUGCGUGGAACUCGGCAGCAACGAUUGCAGCUUUUAUUUUACCUAUUGCUUCCAUCCAAGGUUCUUUCCAAGUUCCUUUCUGAGCACCCAGCUGGCGGUGUUCCCCUCUGGCUAUUCGAAGUUGGUAAUGAAACAAUAUUGAGUGUUUCGUCGCUCUCACACUACUACCAUUACGGAGAUGCGUUUACUCCAGGAGCUGGCGGCGAUUAUUGCCCAUCAAAGGACACUUCACCACUGACUGUCAAUGGAACAGAUGCGACGUCAUUCUUGGAUGUGCUCCUUUCCGAUCAAGAGGAAGUCAAUGGUGGUACCGAGCCAAAACCUGCCGACCCCAAGGCUGCUCUUCCCAGCAAAUCGUCUUUUGGAAUUCGUCGAAGAUCCAGUCAUAAUUCGAUAGAAACAUCGGGGGAAUAUUUUCUCGAUUCAACUCAAACAGAGGUGAUGGAUAAGUUGCACGACGACAAGUACACUUUUUCGGUCGAGGAAAUUGUUCCAGAUGUCGAAGCAACUCUUGCAAAGAUGAGUGGCGAAAAGCUACCCGCAGGAGCUGUGCCCAUGAGUCAAUUCAAAGCUUGGAGCGAAAGUGCGUUGGACAAUAGUGCUUUGGAUGCCAUUAUGCACCGCUUGUUUGGACAUGGUAUGCUUCCUAGCCCGGCAUUGGAAGCCGACUUGGUCAUGAACCGUUGGAUCGAGUGGCAAGAGUCUGACUGCAUUGAAUGGUUGAAGCUUCAACAAAACGAUUCCUUGACCAGUUCUGUCCGAAAGGCCCUCUCUUUGGAUCCUGCGGAAAAUGCAGAAACAGCGCCAACUCCAAAGCGAUCACAUCGAAGAGUAUUCGGAGGCCUUGAUGGCUUUGACGGUCGUGGUGGAUUGGGCAAUGGUGUCAUGUACUGCGUGGAAAAGAAAUGGUGGGAUUCGUGGGAAGCUUACACUGGCUGGAGCUGGGGAGGAGAAAGUGCUGUUCGUAAUCCAGAUGCUCCAAAGCCAGAAACACUAUCCACUGAAGCUCUAAUUGAUCGAGAUCAAGAUGAAAUCGUAGGAGGAACAUUUGGAUCCUACGAGCUGAUGAAAUCCAAUCUAGUCUUGGGUCAAGAUUAUGUGCUCGUUCCGCCAGGAGUAUGGGAUGUUCUCUACGAGAUUUACGGAGGCGGUCCGCCUUUGCCUCGAAUGGUCGGCAGUGGAAAGAAGGAUUUCGGCUCGGACCUUGCCUCGUACGUUACUUCUCUUGCUGCAACAAAAGAUACUUCAGAAAUGGACUUGGAUGCUGUCAGCUCGGGUCCAGUCAAUCGAGCUCUAAAGGUUCCCAAGGCAAUGCAGGUCGAAACUCAUCCUUGGAUUUUGCACUUUCACCUUUGUGAUCCUCAGCAACCAUAUCGACGAGGCGAUGCUGGUCCCAUGACAGUUCGUGUGAUGGCCACACCUGACCAACCACUCUGGCGACUAUAUGCCGAAAUUGUUGGUAGAUUGCCAUUUAGCGCCUUUAAAGUGUAUGGAAAUGAUGGUAGAGGCAGAGCACGAUUAUGGAAACGAGUCGAACAAUCUGGUCCCAAGGAUGCCAUGUCGAGAUUUGGCCCUUGGACCAUCUUGUGCAAGAACAGAUUUGCUAUUCUUCCAAGCACGAGUCGUAAAGAGGAGGCGGGCGACCAAUACGAUGAGCUGAAGAAGAGUUGGGAAGAAUUCGGCAGUGGCGAAACCGUCCAGAGUAUUGGACUUGCAAAUGGUGACCAAGUCAUGGUGGAAUGUGCUUCACUAAACCGGAGCGGUCAAUUCAUGUGGCCGCGAGAAGCAGCAGCCAAAGCAGGGCAAGUUCGUCGACUUGCUGACAAGGACACACAGUUCCGACGCAUGUUGAGAGGCCUCGAUGAAAAUGGAAAACCUCUCGAAAAACCUCCGGCUCUCGUCGGCAUGGUGCUUGAUGCAAUGGAUAGCGCAGGCAGAUGGUACCAGGUCGAGGUCAUCCAGGUACAAGAUGUUGACGAUACGGAUGAUGAUGACUCGAUGCGCUCCGAUUAUUCUGGGGACGGGCCAAGGGACUCAAAGGAAUUGUUGUUGGAUUUCUCGGAACACGGUGGGCAUUCAGAGUGGAUCGAAAUCGCUUCGGACCGAUUAGCAGCUGCCGGAAGAUUCACCGUUGGUGAGGACGAUGGUUCCGAUGACGGAAAAAAGGGUCCAAACGGAGCCAAUAACAACGCCAAGGGCCCGGCUCAAGUCAAAAAGACUAAUCAAGAUACCGAUAGCCAUGGAAAGCUUUGUACAAUCCCUGGAUAUGGAGCUUGUGGAUUGGCUAAUUUGGGAAAUACUUGUUAUGCAAACUCUGCUAUCCAAUGCAUCAGUUACAUGCCACUUCUUCGAGCGUAUUUGCUGAAUUCUCAAUACAAGUCAACUGGUGAACUGAAUAAGGACAAUCCAUUGGGAACCGGCGGAAAGCUGCUGGAGGAAUUUGCUGAACUUUUGCGUGUGAUGUGGAGUGCCAAGCUUGGAGAGAAAUCACCGAAUAAAUUUAAAUCCCAGCUCGGAAGGUGCAAUAUGCAGUUUGCGGGUGCAGACCAGCAGGACGCACAAGAAUUCCUGAAUUUCAUGCUUGAUGCGUUGCAUGAGGAUUCAAAUCGAGUGAUAAAGAAGCCUUAUGUUGAAGGUCUUGAGGAUGAUUGGGUCAAACAAACAGGUUUGUCACGGGUCGGAGAUGAAGCUUGGCGAAGAUUUCUGAGAAGGAAUCGUUCCGUGAUGGCCGACAUUGCCAUGGGACAGGUACUGAACUCAGUUACUUGUUCCUCGUGCGGUUUUACGAGCCGAAAUUUUGAUCCUUUUAAUUUACUGUCGGUUCCGUUUCCAGAAGUUGCCGAUGUCAUCUUCCGAGUCCACGUGGUCCGUCGAGCAAACGUUUUUAACACUCCUUGGGUUCUAAAUAAACCAAAGAAAACAGCACAGGGAGGAGGUGCUGCUCGAUUCCCUUUCAGAGGUGACGCAGUUCACAAACCACCUUCAGACCAUUUGGUGGUGGAGGAAUAUGUCGUUGCAAUGUCAAGAUUGGCGGAUAGCAACGAUUUGAGGGACGAGAUUCAAGAGCGUUGUGGUAUUCCAGCUUCACACUUGCGACUGUGUAAGGCUGAAGACGUCGCAAUCAAGGGCGAUGACAGGUCUGUCGUCAGGCAGCACACACAAGUCACUCCACUAACUGAUAAGGAGGGCCCUUGUAGUCAGUUUGCUCGACGAAGAGGACCAAAUGGCGAAGAGACGAACGAGCCUCCUUUGAUUGUAGCUUUCGAGUCAACACUUCGAUCUCGGCCAAAAGAUAAGUCCAAAGAAGAUUUCUCAGACAGUGAGGAUGAUUACUCGGGUGCCUCUGGUGUGGAAAUGACCGACAGAGAAGUCAGCAGAAUGGAGGAAGAAGUUGUACUCUAUGGCAACUCUGACGAGUGCAGGCUUUUCGACACUGAACCAACCACUGUUGCAAAGGCCGUGUCUCGAAGCCUAUGGCCCCGCACUGAAGAAGACUUCAAAUUGGGGUUGCGCGUUGACGCUAUUGAUCACAAGCAGCACUGGUUCCCAGGUAGUAUUGUUGAAAUUCUUGAGAACAGCGGAGACAAGGACGAGAGCAAAGAUCAAGAUGGGGCAAAAACCAAAGUCAGAAUUCAUUUCGACAACUUCUCAUCAAAAUGGGAUGAAAUGUACACCAUUGAUCAUUUCAACGAGGGACGAGUGAAACCUCUUUAUUCACAUGCCGUCCCAAGAUCAAGGCCAACAGAAUUUGUCUGCCACCAUCGUUACAUGGAUCGAACAAAGCGUCUAUCUAGUCUUUUUGGCCAGACCUUUUUUGUACAAUGCCAGAACGAGUGGAGUACAGCACGAGCUGGAGCCCAAAUCUUGGCUCAAGCUUCUCGAUUCUUGAAGCUACCACAAGCCAUCAAGGGUCCAGUUGACGUGGACGAUAACGGCGAACGCGAAGCCAAAAUUCAACGAUUGUAUGAUAGAACACAAACUGUCCUCUCGGACCUGAUUGAUCUUUUGAUUGACUGCGAUCGUGAGUACAUUCAAAGUUCUCUUGCACUUGGCGCCGACGGAAAAGUGAACCCGAGUCACCAAGGUGAAAAAUACCGCAACCCAUCGUUCGACGCAACGGGGCUAUCAGCUUCACUCGUGAAGAGAGUCAAUACACUGUUGCACAGGUUGCCGUUUGAAGUACGAGUUUGUACCGCCGAAUCUCCCCUUGGUGGCACAAAUGACGAAGUCGCUUUCCCGUUUUCUCUAAUGAGAACAAUCGGAAAUUAUAUGAACUCUCGGCAUGCUGUAGUUUUGCAAUGGCGCGAACCUCCUUCUGAUAAGAAGGCGACUGGCAAGAACGUUAGCUAUCUUGGUGCACCAGUGAUGUAUGUUCCACCAGCUGUGAAUAUUGAUGGAGAGAGUGCCGAGAUUUUGGAAGAACUGAAAGCCAAAGGAGCAACAGGGUCCAGUGGCCAUAAUAGUGCGGGGCUACGACUUGGCGUUUGCCUGUCUGAAUACUGCAAGGUACAAGAUCUAGAAGACGACUGGGCGUGUCCGCAGUGCAGAGAGCGACGGGGAAAGCAAAGUCUUGAUUUGUGGCGACUACCAGAUAUUUUGACGAUACACAUCAAGCGUUUCAACUGUUCUGCCAGAUGGAGAGAAAAGAUCACAACGAAGGUGAAUUUCCCUCUUAGCGGGUUGGAUAUGAACACAUGGUGCCAUGCUGAUUCUCCAUCGAUCCAAGGCGCCGGUGAUGAAGCGAAUACGUACGACUUGAUUGGUGUGAUGAACCACUAUGGUGGCAUGACUGGCGGACACUAUGUUGCUACUUGUAAAGCGACUGCUUGUAGUCGUGAGGGCCGAGAAGAAGUCGCCCACGGCUUUAAUGGAGCAGGGUCAGGGAAGGCGACGAUUGUAGACGAAGAUACUGAUGGGCAAAGCGGUUGGAGAAUUGGCCGACAAAAAUCCGAAGUUAAUUUCAACAAGUUGGCUGCCGUCCAAACCGGCAAGACAACUGAAGAAUCUGCAGAACCUCUUUGGCUACAAUUCGAUGACGAGAUGGUGGAACCAAUUGCCCCGCGAAAUGUGGUUUCUGAGAUGGCAUACGUCUUGUUCUACCGCCGACGACAGCUGACUCCUUCCAAUGUUGCGAGAUACAGUGUUUUAGAGUAG